GGGAUACUGAAGGUGCUGAAAUAGCAGCAAUGACAAGAGACUUGUCUCAGUGUUAAAUAACUGCAGUGCUGGCCUGAAGGUCUCUGAGAUGACAAUAGGGGGAAUGGAGAACGUGGAAGUCUUCACUUCUGAGGGCAAAGGCAGGGGGCUGAAGGCCACUAAGGAGUUCUGGGCUGCGGACAUCAUCUUUGCUGAGCCUGCUUAUUCUGCAGUGGUUUUUGACAGUCUUGUUGACUUUGUGUGCCACACCUGCUUCAAGAGGCAGGAGAAGCUCCAUCGUUGUGGGCAGUGCAAGUUUGCCUACUACUGUGACCGCACCUGCCAGAAGGAUGCCUGGCUGAACCACAAGAACGAGUGCUCAGCAAUCAAGAGAUAUGGGAAGGUGCCCAAUGAGAACAUCAGGCUGGCUGCACGGAUCAUGUGGCGGGUGGAGAGAGAGGGCACUGGGCUCACGGAGGGCUGCCUCGUCUCUGUGGAUGACUUGCAGAACCACGUGGAACACUUUGGCGAAGAGGAGCAGAAAGCUCUGCGGAUGGACGUGGACACUUUCUUGAAUUAUUGGCCACCUCAGAGCCAGCAGUUCAGCAUGCAGUACAUCUCACACAUCUUUGGAGUGAUUAACUGCAACGGCUUUACUCUCAGCGAUCAGAGAGGCCUACAGGCAGUGGGUGUGGGCAUCUUCCCCAACCUGGCUCUGGUGAACCAUGACUGUUGGCCCAACUGUACUGUCAUAUUUAACAACGGCAAUCAUGAGGCAGUGAAUUCCAUGUUUCACACCCAGAUGAGAAUUGAGCUCCGGGCCUUGGGCAAGAUUUCAGAAGGUGAGGAGCUGAAAGUGUCCUAUAUCGACUUCCUCAAUGUUAGUGAAGAACGCAAGAGACAGCUGAAGAAGCAGUACUAUUUUGACUGCACAUGUGAGCACUGCCAAAAAGGGCUGAAGGAUGACCUCUUCCAGGCAGUGAAAGAUGACCCAAAGCCCUCUCAGGAAGUGGUGAAGGAGAUGAUACAAUUCUCCAAGGAUACAAUGGAAAAAAUUGACAAAGCUCGCUCUGAGGGUUUGUACCAUGAGGUGGUGAAAUUAUGCCGGGAGUGCCUGCAGAAACAGGAGCCAGUGUUUGCAGACACCAACCUCUACAAGCUGCGGAUACUGGGCAUUGUUUCAGAGGUCCUUUCUUACCUCCAGGCCUUUGGGGAAGCUGCAGACUAUGCCAAGAGGAUGGUGGAUGGCUACAUGAAGCUCUACCACCACAACAAUGCCCAGCUGGGCAUGGCCGUGAUGCGAGCAGGUCUGACCAAUUGGCAUGCUGGUAACAUUGAGGUAGGGCAUGGGAUGAUAUGCAAAGCCUAUGCCAUUCUUCUGGUGACACACGGGCCCUCCCACCCAAUCACCAAGGACUUAGAGGCCAUGCGUGUGCAGACGGAGAUGGAGCUGCGCAUGUUCCGUCAGAAUGAGUUCAUGUACUACAAGAUGCGUGAGGCUGCCCUAAACAACCAGCCCAUGCAGGUCAUGGCCGAACCCAGCAAAGAGCCAGCCCCAGCCCUGUUCCAUAAGAAGCAGUGA